AUGGCACUGAGAAUCAGUGAUUUGUCGGAUGAAUUGCUGAUCAAGAUAAUAUCGACUCUUCCGACAAAAGUUGCUGUCUCCACAAGCCUUUUGUCGAAACAAUGGCAGUUUCUAUGGACGUGGUUGCCUAAACUCGAGUUCUGCGACUACUCAAUAAUCGAUGAUCCUGGCUCUAUCUUGAGGUAUCGGGAGUUUAUCAACAAGAAUCUGCCGUUACAUAAAUCUCCGGUCAUCGAAAGCUUGCUCUUCAGGUUUUGUCAUAGAAGGUUACCUCAGCCUGAGAAUAUCAAGCUUUGGGUUGGGAUCGCGGUUUCUCGCUUUGUGCGUGAGCUAAGCAUCAGCUACUUUUUUCUCAAUCACGAUGGACCUGAUGCACCAUUGCCGAGUAGCUUGUAUACAUGCAAUUCCCUCAUGACUCUGAAACUUGAAGGCCCAGAGAUUGUUUUGGAUGUUCCUCCAACUGUUUGUCUCCCUUCCUUGAAGACCUUGCAACUUCGACGUGUGACAUACGCAAACGAAGACUCUCUUCGUCUGCUUCUACCGCAUUGCCCUGUUCUUGAAGAUUUGUGUAUUGAACGAGUUGGAAGCGAAGACAACUUGAGAGCGAUAGUUGUUAACGUCCCGUCUUUGCAGCGUUUAUCCUUGGAUGUGUUUCAACGUUCUCCUGGUGGGUAUGUGAUAGUUACUCCUUCUUUGCAGUAUUUCAAAGUCGAGGAUUUCAGCGCAACUUUCUCCUGUUUGAUUGAGCAUGCUCCAAAGUUGGAAGAGGCAGAGAUUAGUGUUUUUCAAGAGUUUGAGGAGCUUUUGAAAUCAAUCGCAUCCGUCAAACUUCUUUCAGUGCUUGCAUUAUGGAACAGUCCAGAAGAGCCUGUGUAUAGUGUUAGUACUAUCUUCAAUCAGCUUGAACAUUUGAAGUUAGGUAUAUACAGCGACAAUUGGUCCAAGUUGCUUGUCUGGUUGCUCAGAAAUUCUCCUAAACUGCGAGUCCUCAAUCUCUAUGUCGAUAAAGAUCCAGAAUUGGAGGUGUAUCAGCCAGUUACGUGGAGCUCUGUUCCUGAAUGUUUGUUGAAGACUCUCGAAACUUUUGAGUUUAAAGAUUACACGGCAACACAAGAAGAGAGAGAUUUCUUGAGUUUCUUCUUCAAACACGCUUGUUGCUUGACGUCUACAUCAAUCAUUCACAAUGUUUGUGAUAUGUAA